GUCCCCGGUCCCGCCGCGAUGCUGUUCCACAGUCUGUCGGGCCCCGAGGUGCACGGGGUCAUCGACGAGAUGGACCGCAGGGCCAAGAGCGAGGCUCCGGCCAUCAGCUCCGGUGCCAGACUCAAGGGAAACUCGGCUACCAUGCCGUCCAUCAGCAGUGACCGGGCAGCGUUGUGUGCCGGCUGUGGGGGCAAGAUCUCUGACCGCUACUACCUGCUGGCUGUAGACAAGCAAUGGCACAUGCGCUGCCUCAAGUGCUGUGAGUGCAAGCUCAACCUGGAGUCGGAACUUACCUGCUUCAGCAAGGAUGGCAGCAUCUACUGCAAAGAAGACUACUACAGGCGGUUCUCCGUGCAGCGUUGCGCCCGCUGCCACCUGGGCAUCUCGGCCUCAGAGAUGGUGAUGCGCGCUCGGGACUUGGUUUAUCACCUCAACUGCUUCACAUGCACCACGUGUAACAAGAUGCUGACGACCGGCGACCACUUCGGCAUGAAGGACAGCCUGGUCUAUUGCCGCUUGCACUUCGAGGCACUGCUGCAGGGCGAAUACCCGGCACACUUUAACCAUGCCGACGUGGCAGCGGCGGCAGCCGCAGCCGCAGCAGCUAAGAGUGCAGGAUUGGGCUCAGCCGGGGCUAACCCGCUGGGUCUUCCCUACUACAACGGCGUGGGCACUGUGCAGAAGGGGAGGCCGAGAAAGCGCAAGAGUCCAGGACCCGGGGCAGAUCUCGCAGCCUACAACGCCGGUGACUGUAACGAGAACGACGCGGAACACCUGGAUCGCGACCAGCCCUACCCCAGCAGCCAAAAGACGAAGCGCAUGCGCACCUCCUUCAAGCACCACCAGCUUCGGACAAUGAAGUCUUACUUUGCCAUUAACCACAAUCCCGAUGCCAAGGACUUGAAGCAGCUCGCGCAAAAGACUGGCCUCACCAAGAGAGUCCUCCAGGUCUGGUUUCAGAAUGCCCGGGCCAAGUUCAGGCGCAAUCUUCUACGGCAGGAAAACACGGGCGUGGACAAGACGUCCGAUGCCACGCUGCAGACAGGGACACCGUCAGGGCCCGCCUCGGAGCUGUCCAACGCCUCGCUCAGCCCCUCCAGCACUCCUACAACCCUCACAGACUUGACUAGCCCCACCCUGCCGACUGUGACGUCAGUCUUAACUUCUGUGCCUGGCAACCUGGAGGGCCACGAGCCCCACAGCCCUUCACAAACGACUCUUACCAACCUUUUCUAA